AUGGCCGAAGUAGUCGGGGUGACCUCUGCUAUCACGACUUUUGUGACUGUGGCCCUUCAGGCAGCCAUAAUACUCAACCAGACCAUCAAAAGUUUUCAGAGCCGGGAGAAGAUCGUUCGUGAGCUUCGGGAUGAAUUGCAGGAUCUUCAGGGAGUCUUACAAGCCCUGGAAGAAUUAAUCCGCAAGUUUGACGUCGACCUUAAAGUCCUACAGAUGCCUCUUAAAAGAUGUGGCAAUGCUUGUUCCGAGUUUAAUACGCUGAUUGUCAAGUAUACACGACAUUCGACUGAGAAACAUAUUAGCAAAAGAGAUUGGUUCCAGUUACGAUACAUGGGAGAAGAUAUUUCUGGGUUCAAGGACAUGUUGGCCGGAUAUAAAUCAACCGUUACGAUUGCCCUUGCAUAUGCAAAUCUCCGUACGACGAAGAUCACAAAGGAAGUGCUGGAUGAGUAUAAAGAGCUCAUCCAAAACACACAGUGUGACCUGGAAAAUCAUUUACAUGAUAUUCGAACAAGACUGGAGUCCUCGUCUCUCAAGGGCUCGCCGAACACGGAAAUCCAUGCAGCAGAUCUCCAAAGGAUGGAGGAUGAAAAACAAUGCACUCAAAAAGGCCUUGACAUCUGUCAACGAUUCCUCGAUUUCAUGAACCAGUCUCGGAGUAGUCUCUUGGGAGACUUCGAACACGCUACCAGAGAGUUCCACCGGCCAUACGCCAUCCCGCCCAGUCAAUCUAGUUUAAUCAAUGCAGAGGGGUUCCAUUCAGCCCACAAAGAGCUUAUGUCCUGGAAAAUAAGGCUGUACCAACGUCUUUCUGAGGUCGACAAACAAUUCCCCCCGGAAAAGGUAGACUUUUCACCGCUACAUAGGGGCCAAACUUCUGACUGCCGAACUUUCCAGGACGAGGUUAGAGGCACUGAAGCUUUAUUGACGUUCUGCAAGCAAGCGGAGAAGGAGGCAAACAAACAGCGGACAAACUACUAUGAGGACAUCGAGGUAGGAGACAAUACUCGGUUGGCAGUGGUGACUACUCUCAAAGACCUUAUCUCUGCGAAGCAUAUCAAGUCAGGCAAUGGCUCAUGUAUAGCGCUUGGCCAAAUGUCGGAUGAUAGCAUACAGAAUGUUUUUUCAUGUCAUGCUCCAUCAAAUGCUAAGAACAUUGAUUAA